CGUCACCGACUAAGACAACGCAUACCGUAGUCAUCCAGGUACUCUCGAAAUACCAUCUUGGGGUACCAACCUGUUACAAUGGAAGCACCCGCAACAGAAGGCAUCGAGCCAGAGGAGCGGUAUCUCCUGCGAAUCGUCAGCGACGAAAGCGACCUCAACAACGCAACGCUUUUCCUCGGCAGCGGCCAGAAUCUGCUCCUCAGACCGUCCUCGGCCGGCACUCCCGAGCAGUCGGUCGUGGUGAAAAGGGGCCAAGCCCAAGGCCAAUCGACCUUCAUCAUCGAUGGUCCCUUGGCCUCAGGGGAGUCUCUGAUCCUUCAAGGCCCGAGCGGCAAGGGAGAGCACCAGCUCAGAGCCUCCUCCAGGGUGACCCCCUUCGGGAUCGGUAGUGCAAUCUGCCACGACUCUUGGGAGGUCGCGAGAGACGCAGCGGCGCAGAGGCUGUUGCUGCGCUACGCGAACGAGAAUUUCGGGGACCGGAGCUGGGUCGCUGUCCCUCCUCGGGAACCCGAUUCCGGGGAUGAUGCGUGGGAGGUUUGGUGGUACGAGCCAUUGCCGUUCAACGCGAAGGAUUUGCCAGGCGCCAUCGCGGUUGACGUCGAGCUGGUCCCCGUUUGAUGAUUUUGGGGGAUACCAACCCCCCCAUCUAUUAAUUAAAUGAUUCCACGCUGUUCUACCUACCUAGUAAACAAACAAGCAAUCCAGGCCGUCUCCGACAACAAUACCAGUCAACCUGAUAACCGGUGUUUUGGGGAUUCUGCCGACGCCCAUACAAGGCUCCGCGGCGGCAAUUACUCGACAUUUCCUCCCCUCUCUCCCCCUCUCUUUCUUUUUCUUUCUGCC